GAUCGCCAGGGAGAGGAGGUGUCUUGCAGAGGGACUGGAUUAUUGGGUGCAGGCUGCAGGGAAGUACAGGCGGAGGAGAGGGGGUCUGGUUGGAAGGACUUUCCAGCCACUCAGCGUUCAUCAAAAAGUUCCCUGUACAUGACCCCACUGGCUCAUCGCAGGGAGUUUCUCUGAUGAACCCUGCACAGAGUUUAGGCUUCUUUUCCCCCGCGAGCAGAGAGCAAGGCCAGUUCUCUUUUCUGGUCUGACUGGCUUGGAAAUUCCCCGAGCCUGACCCCGCCCCGGAGAAAUCCCCUGCCAGCGUUUAUAGGGCGCUGCGGCGGCGCUGCGGAGCCUAGAACAGCCCUGCCCGCCUGCCCGCCGCCGCACUCAGCCAGGAAGGAGCGACCGGCGGCCGAUCCCGCGCCAUGUUCCAGCCCGCCGAGCACGCCCCGGAGUGGGCCAUGGAGGGGCUCAAGAAGGAGCGGCUGCUGGAGGACCGCCACGACAGCGGCCUGGACUCCAUGAAGGAUGAGGACUACGAGCAGAUGGUGAAGGAGCUGCAGACCAUCCGCCUGGAGCAGCAGGAGGCGUCGCACUGCGCCGAGCCCUGGAAGCUGCAGCUCACCGACGACGGAGACUCGUUCCUGCACUUGGCCAUCAUCCACGAAGAGAAAGCACUAACUAUGGAAAUGGUCCGGCAAGUGAAGGGAGACCUGGCUUUUAUCAACUUCCAGAACAACUUGCAGCAGACUCCACUGCACUUGGCUGUGAUCACCAACCAGCCAGAAAUUGCUCAGGCACUUCUAGAAGCUGGCUGCGAUCCUGAGCUCCGAGACUUUCGAGGAAAUACCCCUCUACACCUUGCCUGUGAGCAAGGCUGCCUGGCCAGUGUGGGAGUCCUGACUCAGAGCCGUGGGACUCACCAUCUCCACUCCAUCCUGCAGGCCACCAACUACAAUGGCCACACCUGUCUACACUUAGCCUCAAUCCAUGGCUACCUGGGCAUCGUGGAGCUGUUGGUGUCCUUGGGUGCUGAUGUCAAUGCACAGGAGCCCUGUAAUGGCCGAACUGCCCUCCACCUCGCAGUGGACUUACAGAAUUCCGACCUGGUGUCCCUCUUGUUGAAGUGUGGGGCUGAUGUCAACAGAGUUACCUACCAGGGAUACUCCCCAUACCAGCUCACCUGGGGCCGCCCUAGUACCCGGAUACAGCAGCAGCUGGGCCAGCUGACUCUAGAAAACCUUCAGAGGCUGCCAGAGAGCGAAGAUGAAGGGAGCUGUGACACAGAGUCAGAGUUAACAGAGGACGAGCUGCCCUACGAUGACUGUGUACUUGGAGGCCAGCGACUAACACUAUGAGCUUUGGAGAGUGGCUAAAAGAACGUGGACUUGUAUAUUUGUAACAAAAGGAGAGUUUUAAUUUUAUUUUUCUAAAAAAAAAAAAGAAAGAAAAGAAAAAUCAAAAGGGUACACUUAGAACCAUGUUGCACACUGUCUGGCCCAAAACAUUUUACUGUGAUGGACUGACCCUCAUCUUGUUUGUUUUUUUGGACUUUGGAAGGGGAGCAGGAAGGAUCACUGGAAUUUAAACAAAGCCUUUUAAAUCUCCUGUGGGAGUUUGGAAGGAAAGUCAUCCAAAAGAACUACAUUUAACUGAACUGUGCUUUUUGAUUGCACCACAGUGGGCUCCGUGCUGAGCCUGCUUGUACCCCUGUGUACCCAUCAAGGUGCUGGGAAAGCUUCAGUGAUGUGGGCUUGAAAGGCAAGGUGUGUGUUACCCUCCUGUAAAUGGUGUACAUAGUGUAUUUUGUUGGUAAUUAUUUUGGUACCUUCUAAGAUGUAUAUUUAUUAAACAGAUUUUUACAAACAA